AUGUCGAUCGCAAGAUUCAGCUGUACUACUCACCUAGCCACCCUACACACGCUCGGGGCAACGCGGCAGAUAACCAGACGCCUUCUCGCCAAGAUGAGCCAGGGGCAGCAGAGGAGGCCGUCGUCCGACCAAGCCCAGGCGGGCGGCGGCGGGCAGGGCCAGGGACAGGGAGGAGGCGCCGUCCGCUACGGCGACGUGUUCCCGGCCGUGACCGGCGGCCUCGCGCAGAAGCCCGUGGCGCCGCAGGACGCGGCCACGAUGCAGUCAGCCGAGAACCUCGUGUUCGGGGAGACGAUAAAGGGCGGCCCGGCGGCCACCAUGCAGUCCGCGGCCAUGCGCAACGAGCGCAUGGGCGUGGUCGGCCACGACCAGGCCACGGACGCCACCGCCGAGCAGGGCGUCUCCGUCUCCGAGACCCGCGUCCCCGGCGGGCGCAUCGUCACCGAGUUCGUCGCCGGACAGGCCGUGGGCCAGUACCUCGCGCCUGAUGAUGCCGCCGAUGCAGGUGAAGCCGGUGGCGACGACACGAAGAUAACUAUUGGCGAGGCGCUGGAGGCGGCAGGUUACGCGGCGGGAGGCAGGCCGGUGGAGCGCAGCGACGCAGCGGCCAUCCAGGCGGCCGAAGUGCGAGCCACCGGGCUGGACGUCAAUAUCCCUGGUGGCCUGGCCGCGCAGGCGCAGUCGGCCGCCGACGCCAACGUCUGGGCCGCGCGAGACGAGGAGAAGGCCAAGCUCGGCGACGUGCUCUCGAAUGCAACGGCGAAGCUGGUUGCGGACAAGGAGGUGGAGUCCGACGACGCGGCGAGGGUGGCCUCGGCGGAGACCCGAAACAAGGACGACAAGACGGUGAGGCCGGGAGGGAUAGCGGCGUCCGUGGCUGCGGCCGCGCGGCUCAACAAGCAGGACGCAUAG